UCUCUACCUCCCGGCUGCUGGAAGCGGCGCAUGGAUGUGAUGGUCAUUUUUACACUCUGUCCGAAACCCUGAGAUUUUGUUUUAUUUUUUAAAUAUUAUAUUUUGAUAAAUUUUCUCUAACCGUCUGCCAGCUGUCCAGUGGCUUUCCAACCUACCCAGCUGGACAGAGAUGAGUAGUCCCGAUGCGGGUUACGCCAGCGACGAUCAGACCCAGGCAAGGUGUGCGAUGUCAGUCAUGAUGCCUGGAAUUGGACACUGCCAGUGGGCCGACGCUCUCAGUCCUCUCGGGGACGCCAAAGUGAAGAACGAGCCGUGCGCCUCGAGCUCCGGCAGCCAGAGCCGCGGGAAGAGCGAGCCGCGGAUCCGCCGGCCCAUGAACGCCUUCAUGGUGUGGGCGAAGGAUGAGCGCAAGAGGCUCGCGCAGCAGAACCCGGACCUGCACAACGCAGAGCUCAGCAAAAUGCUGGGCAAAUCAUGGAAAGCCCUUCCUGUCACCGAAAAGCAGCCUUUUGUGGAGGAGGCCGAGCGGCUGCGGGUUCAGCACAUGCAGGAUCACCCCAACUACAAGUACCGGCCCCGGCGGCGGAAACAGGUGAAGAGGAUUAAGAGGCUGGACUCCGGCUUUCUGGUCCACGGCGUGUCCGAUCACCAGGCCCAGUCCAUGUCUGGAGAUGGCAGAGUGUGCAUCGAGAGUCUGGGCCUUGGUUACCACGACCACGGUUUCCAGGUUCCUCCACAGCCGCUCGGCCACUACAGGGAUCCUCAAACUCUGGGGGGGGCCUCUUAUGAACCAUACAGCCUCCCCACGCCUGACACGUCUCCUUUGGAUGCUGUGGAGUCAGACUCGAUGUUCUUUUCCCCGCACACCCAGGAGGACUGCCACAUGAUGCCUGCAUACCCUUACCACUCCCAGGUGGCAGACUUUCAGCCCCAAGAGCCCCUCUCCAACCACCACAGCAACCCCAUCCUCCAUCGACACCCGGCUUCAGUUCCAGAGCAAACCGCAAACCUUCCUCCCGCUUACAUGGGAUGCCACAACCCUUUAGCCAUGUACUACACCCAGCACCCCAAACGCCACCCAGGCGGGGCAGGACAGCUCUCCCCUCCUCCAGACUCUCAGUCAGCCGACAGCAUGGAGCAGAUGCACCACUCGGAGCUGCUCGGCGAGGUCGACCGCAACGAGUUCGAGCAGUAUCUGAGCUCCUCCUCUGCGCGUGCAGACAUGACAGGCUUGCCGUACGGGCCGCCCGAGGCAGGCAUGCAAGGACCCGAAAGUCUCAUAUCAUCGGUGCUGUCAGACGCCAGCACAGCUGUGUAUUACUGUAGCUACAACAACUCCUAACCUCCUCGGCGCUACAAGGACACCUGACCUGACCUCAAGUCUCUGUUGCUAAAUUUGAACAACAAAAAAGCUUUAUUUUUCACUACAGACAGACUUUAAAUGUUUCUCCUUAUCUGUGUAGUAAUUUAGCAAUAAAAUAAUCUGAACACGUCCUCUUAUCUUGCAGGGAUAUGUAAUGAUAAAAAUAUACAGUCACUAUUUUAUGUGUUUUGUUUUUUUAUACUUUUGCACUUUUGAUAAAUAAAUGCAAACUUCCAAACUUCUUCUU